GUUGCGGCGCAGCUGACGUCACUUGCGGCUCUUGAGGAAGCAAGGAAAAUUGCAGCACGAUUGGAGCUUCGAGCAAGGGACCAACCCAACCUGGAGACCGACAGCAAGGCUUCCAUCGGCAACGCUGCGGUGGAUCGUGAGAGCACAUCAGGUGCGAAGCUAGAUGGUGUGCAGCAAGCACAGACGCCAGAGCGGCUGAAGGAGGACGGUGCAGCUACUCCGAAGCAAGACGGAUCGCAGAAGGUACUGCUUUCUGCCGACGUCGGCAGCCAACGCGUGUCUGUUGUGAAAGAGGACACUGUGCCGAAGGACGAGCCCUCUGCCGGAAUGAAUCGCGAGGAGUCACCUGCUAGAAAACGGCACAGUUCGCAGACCGUGAGCGACGGCACAGACCGCAAUGAAGUGUCCAGCCCGAAGCCGACAGACUUUGGCCGGGAAGGUGCCAGUCAACGACAUGCAGGGCAGGAUGAGCGGCAAAAGGUGCAAGCCUCUGCCGAUGUGCCUUGCACAACUGGAGCAUCGCAGGCUUCACACAAUGACCGAGCCUUGCAGACUUCUCAGCGACUGCAGCCUGAAGCGGAUGUUGGCACAAACAGCAUGCCAAGAGGAAAGGAGCAGGCCUCAAAACCGCUGCACAAGCUUGCAAGCGAAGUCGCUCCUCUUGUGCAACCAGACGACGCCUUUCGGAAGACGGGUGUGACAGACCCUCGUUUUGAUGCGAAGCAACCCUGCGUUAGCUUGGAGAGCGAAGACACCUUGGCUCUGAACCGGAAUAGCCCAGCGAAGACGGACAAGCCCGCCAAGGAAGACGGCGAGAGCAUGGCGGGUGCAACAAAGGGCAUUCCUGGUGCAAGCCAGGACGAGGGCACCAGUGCGAAGCAGCAAAGUGUGCAGACGCAGAACGAUAAGCUUCAGCUUGACAGCCAGCAGAGCGACAAAGCUGUCAAACUGGACUCCAAAGUGACGGCUGGUGUUGCGCAAGAUGCCCCAGAAAAGAUGCCAUCCUCUGGCACCUUGGAUGGCAACACUCCGGCCAGGGAGGCUUCCCACAAGAUGGAUGCAACAGAGGCUGCCAAGGAUGAUGGGCAGACGAAAACGACAAAGGCACCGACCGUCGACACGCAAUCUGCUUCCCCGCUCACCGUGAUUCCGGACACCAAGGUGGAGCUGCUGGGAGUAGAGCGGCACAAGACGCAUCCAAUGGCUUUCAUCACAUUGAACGAGGCAUCAGCUGCGAGAGCCAUCAUCGAGCAACAGCAGGAGUCCAUCCUUGGAGUCCAGGUGGAGCGUUGGGAGGCCUCCGAUCAAGAUCCGGCGGCCUUCCUACUUCUGUGGAAGGGCCAUCGAGAUGACCUCAAGGAGGCGGCAUUGACCACGUACUUCAAAAAGUUCAUCGAGGGCAUCAACAAGGCGCGAGAGGUUGCAGCAUCUGCCGGGAAGGCCAAGGAUGCGCAGCUUUCUGCCGCCUCGUCUGCACCUGCAGCAUCUCUCGUGGUCCAGGCGCCCAAGGCCGAGCCGAAGGCAGAGCCCAAGGCGAAGCCGAAGGUCGCAUUGAACCCCGAGCAGCAGAAAGCAUUCAUCGAGCAGCAGAUGAAGCAGGUGCACCAGAAGCAGGUCGCACAGGAGCUGCAAGAGAACCUGCAGAGGGUGGCUCAGGAGAUACAGCUGCGUCAAAACAUGCUGGAGCACUUCAAGAACCAGGACCUAUCCACGUUGCCAGUUUCAGAGCAGAACUUGUUGGCGCAGUUGCAGUCGGAGCUGCAACAUUUUCAAGAGCAGCGGGUUGUUUUGGAGCAAGCUGCCGCCAAAGAACUAGGUGCCCCCGCGGCCCAGGCACUGCAAGCCCAACUUACGCAGCAGCGAGCGCACGAGGCGCAUGCUGAAACUCGAGCCACGGCCACAGCACAGAAAGGCGUACUAGGCACGGACCAGCACCAGCAAACACCGACACAACAGCAAGGACUUCACCAACAGUCACCACCUCCACCACCUCCGCCACAGCCACAGCAAAUUCAGCAGCAGCAGCAGCAGCAGCAGCACCAGCAGCAGCAGAAAGAGCAAGAGCAGCUGGCCCAAAUGGCCCAGCUGCAGAUGCAGCAAAUGCAAGAAGCACAAAUGCAGCACCAGAUGCAACAACAGGCACUCAUGCAGCAGCUGCAGCAGGCGCAGAUGCAGCAAAUGCAGAUGGCGCAUUUGCAGCAAGCCCACAUGCAGCAGGCAAAUGUGCAGCAACCACAGCAGACACACUUAAUUCAACAACAACAAUCUCAACAUCAGCCACAGCAGCAACAGCAGCAACAGAUGCAACAGCCGCAGCAUCGGCAGCAGGCGCAGCAGCAUCAACAUCAAAAGUUGCAUCAGCAGCAGCAGCAGCAAGGCCAGGUGCGGCACUCGCCGUUCCAGGUGGGCGGGCUUCCACAGGAAACGCCGAAAUUCGGGAUGCCAGGUGCCCCAGCAGCCGAGGUUCCUGCCCAUCCGAUGAUGGCACCACCUCCACCAGCGCCUGUCAAAGCGCAGAUCACGGCACCGCCGCCAAGCUUGGAGAUUGCUCCGUGCACUGCAGGCACGACUGCCAAGGCCGGUGGCCCGAAGCCCAAGGGCACGGCCACGGCCAUUGCGAUUGGGCCUGUUCCGCCCCCUCCAAAAUCGAGUCCCAAGGUGACCGCGAUGUUUGCAGAGCAUCCCCGGCACAGAGGAGCCUCGGACAACAAGGAGCAGCGAGAGAAGCCUGCGACCUACUCCGAAGCUGGCAAAGAGGAGCAAGCUGCUGGCAUACGCAAAGUAUCAAGUGGGAUGGCGAUGCGCUUGCCCGAGGAGCUGGAGAAAGAAAGGCGGAGAGGGCGUCCUGGGGGCUGGGAUGAAGGUCCGCCAAGAGAGCGCAGCGAUAUCCUGAAGGACAUACCGGCUGAGAAGUGGAGUGGCGCCCCUCCGGCACCUCCGAUGCCGAAGCCCACGGGUCUCCAAGGUCCUGGUGGUCCCGGUCAUGGUGGCCGCGGUGUGUUUCGGACUCCGUUGCCUGCUGCAGCAACACCGGUUGCUGGAGAGGCACCGCCACCAAUUCUUGGGCGAGUCAGGGUCGGCGGUCAGGAGGACAGCCAUGCCAGCGUCUUCACACGCCAACUGCGGCAGGAGUCCUUCCCAAGCGAUCGGGAGCCCGGCUCCGGCUCGUCAACGCAGGGUGAUGUGCCAGCGCCCCCUACACAAAGUUCCGAGGAGCACAUCAGCAGCCAAAGGCGCAGGGAGCAGGAGCCUGGAAAGGGGCUGCCUCUCAAGCCGUCGGAAUCUGAAUCGCCGAUCGGGCAAGGCACUGCAGCGUCCUCGGCGUCAACACCCGGCCCUCCGAUCAAGUUCACCAUCAAAGGCGGGGCCGUGGGCAAAUCCAUGCCGAAAAGCAGUCAAGGAGGGAAAGAUGCGGAUUCCAGCCCUCCUUCAGAGCCCGGCCAUCUCGGGUCUGCCCGUUCUUCGGCCAAGGGCGGCCCCAUGGCCAAGUCUACGCCGAAAGGAGGUCAAGGCAAAGACGGAGAUUCAGGCCCUCCUCCCGAGCCAGGCUCCAAGGGCUUUUCGGCGAAGGGGAUGCUCGGUCUCGGCGGGACCCUGGGCAAGUCCACACUCAAAGGUGGGCAGGGGAAAGACGCGGAUUCCGGCCCUCCUCCGGAGCCGAGCCACCUGGCCACGCCCUUCAGCCGCUUUUCGGCGCAGGGAGGGGUCAUUGGCAAAUCCACGCCGCAAGGUCUAGAGCAAAAUGACGAAAAUUCUAGUCCUCCAGAACCGUCAAGCCGCCUCGGCACACCUUUCAGCCGCUUUUCGGCAAAGGGAGGAGCCAUGGCCAAGUCUACGCCGAAAGGAGGUCAAGGCAAAGACGGAGAUUCAGGCCCUCCUCCCGAGCCAGGCUCCAAGGGCUUUUCGGCGAAGGGGAUGCUCGGUGGAGCAAUGGGCAAACCUACCGGGAAAGGGAAAGACGAUUCCGGCCCAGCUCCCGAGCCGAGCCAUCCCGGUCCGGGUGCUGCGGGUCGUUUCUCGGCAAGAGCUCCCGGUAAGCGCCCUCCACAGGAAGGUGUUCACGACCAAGGCAAGCCGACGCCUGGCAAAGGACAUCCGCUGGUGAAUGCCGAAAGAGGCAAAGGACCGCCGCAGCUGGACGGUGAUUACUCCUUGGCACAGAAGUUAACUGCCAAAGGGGCAGGCCCUGGUGGGUGCAGUGUCUUCCGGACACCGCCAGCUGCCACGGCAUCCCUGGUUGCUGGAGAGGCACCGCCACCUAAUCUGGGGCGACACAGGGUCGGCGGUCAGGAGGACAGCCAUGCCAGCGUCUUCACACGCCAAAUGCGGCAGGAGUCCUUCCCAAGCGAUCGGGAGCCCGGCUCGUCAACGCGGGGCGCUGGGCGGCUGCCGUUGCCGAAGCACUUGCGACAGAAGGAGAAUGCGGCAGCGGCCCCAGUGCCAAAUGCCGAGGAGGUCGGAGCUAAACGGCACAGAGAGCAGGACCCUGACUCGCCGAUGGGGCAGCUUGGCCCUCCACUCAAGUUCGCCACGAAGGGGGCGAAAGGUCCGACCGUUGAAGGUGGUGCCGGUGGUGCCACCAUGGGCAAAUCCACGCCGAAAGGGCAAGGUAAACACGAGGAUUCCGGCCCUCCUCCGGAGCCGAGCCACCUGGACACGCCCUUCAGCCGCUUCUCAACUAAAGGGAUGCCUGGCAAACACGCUCCGCAAGAUUCCGGCCAUCAUGACGAAGGCGGCCGGAUGACUGGCAAAGGCAAGGGAAAAGAGCCAGCGCCGGUGGGCUCUGACAGAGGCAAAGGGCAAGCGCAGCCAGACGGCAGUGCUGGCUCUUGGUCGCAGAAGUCUGCUGGCAAAGGUGUUGUGGCAUCGGAGGCAAAGACGCCGCCACCGCCGGCCAUGGUCAAGGCGCAGAUCCUGGCACCCCCACCGUCCUUGCAAAAGAGCGCCUCUGCGUGCACAGCAGGUACAACCGGCAAGGCUGGUUCUGUCCCAGUCCCACCUCAGGGAUUGCUGGCCAAGGCACCUGCGAUGCCUGCUGUGCCGUUACCCCCGCCGAGAUCUCUGCAGCAGAAGGACGGGCUGGGUGCCCCUGCACCAAAUGCCGAGGACCAGGUCGGCAGCAAAAGGCGAAGAGAGCAGGAUUCCGGCAAGGGGCUGCCUCUGCGGCAAGGGGAACCUGAUCCAUCGAUGGGGCAAGGUCCGGUGAGCAAAUUUGCCAUGAAGGGUGCAAAAGGUCCAGCACAAGAAGUUGCGGCCGUGGGCAAGUCUGCACCCAAAGGUGGCCCUCCUGCUGACUCCAGCCAUGCCAGUGCAUCUGCCAGCCGCUUUUCGACAAAGGGGCUGCCUGGCAAGCGCAGCCCUGAAGAGUUUGGUCACUUUCAGGACCAAGGCCGGACGGCGAGCAAGUGGCAGGCACCUGCAGAUGUGGGCAAAGGCAAGGGGCAACAACGGCCAGAGGGUGGCAAACCCGGUGGUUGCAUUUCGCGGAAGUUCUCCGGCAAAGGAGCUGAGAGGUAA